CCUGCUUGGUGGCAAAGAUAGAGAUGCAGUGAACUAACACACGGGUUUGCUUCUUACUACUGGCAACAUUGCUGUGCUGUACCAGUAGCAAUUAAAGCAUGAAAACAUAAGGGUGAUAUUCUGUAGGUUCUCCAUUGUACUACCAUUCCAGCUCAGCUAUGAAACACCUCACAAGCUCAGAUGCGCACCAACCUGCUACAUUCCCUACAGCUCUAAGCAAGAGAGCUUUCUCUGCCUGUUCUUAAGUCAAUCAGAAACCAUGGAAAAAUGACAAUGCAGAUCCUAAGCCCUAAGACUGAGUUAACACACCUGAUAAGCAGGAUAUAUAGCCUAUCUUAUCAUUCAUAGUGCGACUCCAUUAGUGAAUUUAAGACCAAAAUGAGCAGGGAUUAAUGAGUACUCCUAUAAAGACACCUCUCUGUUGUUUUAUUAGCUUGGGUGUAACUUCUUUUCGUGUGACUGUGUGGCAUUUCGCCCAUCCAGAAGAUGGAACAAGCUCGCUUCCUCCUGCUACGUACUGUGAACAAGGAAAGAGCUUUCCACUUUUCUGAGCAGCUCACACUGCGGACAAAAAUAGAGUCCCUGAGGUCUCCUGCAUCUGGCCUGACCAUUCUUAGCUCCAGUGCUGAAAGGCAGGUGAGCAAGGGGCUGUGGAACUUCACCUGGUGAAUGAUAACUGCAGGAGACCAGAAGAGCUGUGUCUUUAAAACAACCACAGAAGAAGCAGUAAGACUCACAGGGCUUUUUCGUGUCUCAUUGAUGUUGCUUCUCCUUGAGGGAUUGCAUAUGCAUGGAAAUACGUACUCUUCUGUCCUGGCUUCUUCAGAAAGAAGAUCAGUGUUUUAUGCACAGACUUCACUUGGCCUAUUAAAAUGUAAUGGAAAAUGCAGGCAGUGAGGAGGAGAAACUGAAAAAUAAGGGUUUCAUCUAUAUAACAAGCUGCCUUCUGUUGUUCCCGAAAGCUGUUUAUUGAUAUUUGUAGGACUCAUCAUGGGGGGAAUCAUCUAUGGCUUGAACGACAAGUCACCACCUGUUAUGGACAGUGACAUCUUUUUCCUCUACCUGCUGCCACCCAUUGUCCUUGAUGCAGGGUACUUCAUGCCCAGCCGUCCCUUUUUUGAGAACAUCGGCACUAUCCUCCUCUACGCAGUUGUGGGGACAAUAUGGAAUGUGUUUGGGAUCGGCUUUUCCCUGUAUGGGAUCUGCCAGGUGAAAGCCUUUCGCCUGCAGGAUGUGUCAUUGCUCCACAACCUACUGUUUGGCAGCCUGAUCGCCGCCGUGGAUCCCGUGGCAGUGCUGGCAGUCUUUGAAGAGAUACACGUCAAUGAAAAGCUACACAUUUUGGUCUUCGGUGAAUCGCUCCUGAAUGAUGCAGUGACGGUGGUGCUCUACAAGCUAUUUCGAUCUUUCUGUGAAAUGCCAACCAUCAAAACCGUGGAUAUUUUUGCUGGAGUUGGAAAAUUCUUUGUGGUUGGGCUAGGAGGAGUUUUAGUAGGUCUAACUUUUGGGAUGACCGCCGCCUUUACCACGCGAUUCACCAAGGAUAUCCGUGUCAUUGAACCGCUCUUUGUCUUCCUGUACAGCUAUCUUUCGUACCUCACCGCUGAAAUGUUUCACCUUUCGGGGAUUGUGGCUAUCAUCGCUUGUGCCAUGGGCAUGAAACGUUACGUGGAGGCCAACAUCUCUCUGAAGUCUCACACCACAGUCAAAUACUUCAUGAAGAUGUGGAGCAGUGUGAGUGACACCCUCAUCUUCAUCUUUCUUGGAGUUUCCACCAUUGGAGAAAAUCAUGAGUGGAACUGGCCAUACAUUUGCUUCACUGUCAUUUUCUGUCUCGUUUGGAGAGCACUAGGGGUUCUUGUGCUGACUUUCUUUGUGAACAGAUUUCACGUGAACACCAUCACCAGCAAAGACCAAUUCAUUAUAGCAUACGGGGGUCUCCGAGGAGCCAUUUGUUUCUCUUUGGUUUUCCUGCUUCCUGACUUUCACAGAAAGAAGCUUUUCAUUGCAGCAACAACUGUUGUCAUCCUCUUCACCGUGUUCAUACAGGGAAUGACCAUCCGUCCUCUCGUUGACUUGUUGGCUGUCAAGAGGAAAAGAGAGAGUGCUCCCACAGUGGGAGAGCAGAUCCAUAUUCGGUUCUUGGAUCAUUUGCUGGCUGGCAUUGAAGAUAUAUCUGGACACUGGGGACAGUAUUACUGGAAAGACAAAUUAGAAUAUUUCAAUAGCAAAUACCUGCAGAAGAUCCUGCUUCGAGAAUACGAUCAGCCAAAAUCAAGUAUUGUGCUUCUCUACGAAAAGCUGGAGCGGAAACAUGCCAUCGAGCUGGCAGAAGCCGGGCAGCUGGGUCAUGCGCCGUCUCACCCGUCCUUGCUCAACAACGACAGGACUGUCAUAAUGGACAAAAAAUUGGAAGAUACUCUGAAUCCGGACGUCCUGGAGAAUAUACAGGAAAUAUUGGCAAGGAACCUGUACCGAAUAAGGAGAACGGGGCCAGCAUACAACAGGCACACCCUUCCUGGAGAGACGGAGCCUGUGGAGCAUGCCAAGGAGAUCCUGAUCCUCCGGCACAAAAGCCUGCGGGUGAAAGUGAGUGGAGGCAACACAUCCAGUUCCAGCAAGGAGAAGGAUGACUCCUAUUCAGCGCAGGGUGACUCCAGCACGCAGCCCAAGCUGUGCCGCUCCUUCACCGUGAGGAAUGCAGAAAAGGUUCGGGAAGCAAAACAGAACCGGUCGAAGUCGGUGUGUGUCAUCCCACCGCUGCAGGGCAGCGGUACGGCCUGUGGUGAGAAGAAAGAAAUGGAGAAAGAGCCGACUUUGGAGAUGAAAAGCACAAGUGCUGCUGCUGGCUUCCCGUGAGGGAUCUGACUCUGUUUCAUGGAUGGCUACUAUACAUAUAGAUAAUGUAAAUAAAAUGCAUAUUGAAAAGGACAGCAUGGACAGGCCAAAAUAUCCCGAGUGGUUUGCAUCGAAACGUGCUCUUAUUGCUCAAUGAUGGCUUUUUACCGGGAACCAAGGGAAAAGAUGCACAGCUGGGUACUAGCAAUGCAAGGUGAUGUCUGAGAGAAUUUCUAAGGAAUGUCUAGGAAAAAUUAGUCUGUUCAGUACGUGAAAAUUGCUGAAAAUGUCUGAAACUGCAAGAAAUGAUGUUUUAAUAAGGGGAGAUAUCAGGUCUUCUCAUUAGUCAUCAGGGACAGACUAAACAGCAGGGAGCAUUUAGGUUAUAUGUUAGGAAAAACUUUAUAACCUCAAGGAGUUUUGUUAGGUGAUGGAGCAUGCCACCAGGAAAGACGGCAGAAACAGUGAAAGAUCUCCUCUGCUCCUCAAGAGCUGGUGAGUCCUGGCUAUGAACAUUAAUCACAUGAAAUCCAAAGUUAAAUCUUUGGACUUCAGUUAAAUAAGGUGUUGUGUCUUACCAGAGGGACUGUCCCACACCCAGACACAGUUCUUUUAAUGAAAACUUAUUACAGCUGCGUUAGAAGGGGAAAAUAUAUUUUUACUGAUUUUUUAAAAUUUAUUUAAGAAGUGGUUCACCUCAAAAAAUGAAAUGGGGAAGCUCCAAAUCCAGUGGUGAUACCAGGAGAAGAGUGUACCAGCUGUUAAACAGAUGGGCAGGUCUUGUGCUGUUGCUGGUUGUUUGCAGCAAGCCUGCAAAGGCUCCCCAAAAACAUCUCUGCUGCUGUAGCCGAGAGCUGCAGGGUCAGAGAUUUGAAUGCUUUUCCUUAGAAGAUGCAGCAGAGAGAGGGACCCAAAACCUUGCUGCUGUGGAGCAUUUCUGCCAGGAAAGGUGCAAUCCCCUUUGCAGAGCAGAUGCAGAUAAACUCCAGGCAGAGUGCCUGAAGAAGACAGAUAUCUCCACAUUUGGGUAAUUUUCUUUGAAACUCCAGGUAAGUGUUCAAGCCUUCGAAUUUUUGUCCUUAGCUGAACCCAAUAGGCUGUUUCAGCAUUGCAAACAGCAACACUUUUCUUUCUUUUCCCCCUCCUCUGCGUUGAAAGAUCCAAGAACGUUUAAUCUAAACAAGUAGCCAGACUUAAUUUUCUGAAUUGAAAAUAAAAAGCACUGUAAGAAUUUGCACACUCCCCUUCAUGAUAUUUUUGGACCUCCAGAGCCAGUCUCCUGUGUGCAGAAAUACUGCAUUAGAAGACCACUGCCUGGUACACCAGGAAUUUGGUUUUAAAUUAAAGACACAAAAUGGUGUAUAUUUGCUUUACAAUGACAUGGAGGUCUCAUUUUCAUUUGAAAAAACUCCUUUACAACAUUCUGACACAAGCUGAUGUAUUUCAUUUUGACUUGAAGGCCACUCUUCGCUGCCCCAUCACUGGAAGUUCGCCACACUGCAAAUGAAAAUUAGACCUUGUAUCCUUAUAU